UUAUCGCUCAAAUUUCAAAUUUUUUUUCAAAAUAAUUCAAAGUUCAAAGUUUGAAGUUUAAAAUUAAGUGCAAGAUCCUGCUCAAGAAAGCUCCUACUCUAAAGAUUGAGAAUAUUGAAGCUAUGGAUUGACUAUUGAAAGAAGAUGCGUACGAAUUGGUUCGAUCAGUUAUCAUUGACCAUUGACGAAAAUAAAAGACAAGUUCAAUGGGGACUCUACGCAGUCGCUGGCUCCGGCUUGUUGUAUGCUUUGAAAAGCGUUCGUCCAUUCAAGAAAUUUCACAACGCUCGCGAUAUCCCGAAAACUUUCAUCAACAGGCGUAUAAAAUUAAAUGGAAACGUAACUGCCAUCGAUCAUGAUUAUGACUCUACGAUACUUCGUGUUAAUCAUAAUCCAAUAUUCUUGUCAAGAUUUCGAAGAAAAAGUGUACCUGGAAUCGCCGUUCAUAUUUCAGGCAUAAAUAUAACGUCAAAUGGGCUAGUCUGGUUGGAACAUACAGUAUUAGAGAAAUGUAUUCAUUUUACUCUUUUGAAAAAGCAAGAUAAUCGAGUUAGCUGUAUUGUUGAUUUAAAUAGGAUUAAUAUUGCCGAAGAGUUAUUGAAAAUUGGAUUUGCUACCGUCGAUGUUAUGGAUUUUGAUUUAGAAAAAGACAAGCUGUAUGCAAAAUAUUAUAGACGGUUGAUCGCGUUGGAAGAAAAAGCUGAGAGGAAAAGCGUUGGGAUUUGGGAUGAUUCGAGUAGAGACAAAGAGCGUUCUUCAUUUAGUUCUUCACCUAAGCGUCAUAAACUGUUGAAAUUUCUCUAUAAACUAUAUUAUCGAAUUAAAAACUAAAAUUAUUA